AUGCCUAAAAACUGGUUUGAAGAAGAGAAAGCUGGUCAAGACUGGUUUCGUUUGUUCAGACAACGUCACAGUUUAUCAGUUCGUCAACCAGAAGCUACUUCAUUGGCACGAGCAACAGCUUUCAAUUCUCAUGUUGUAAAUAAAUUUUAUGAUAAUCUGGCUAAGGUUAUGGACAAAUACAAAUUCGAACCUCAGGAUAUCUACAAUUUGGAUGAAACAGGGUGUCAUACAGUGCAAUCCCCUGGAAGGGUUUUCACCAGAAGAGGACGAAAACAGCUUGGGUCAAUCACCUCAGCAGAGCGUGGGAAGCUAGUUACCCUGGUAUAUGUGGUCAGUGCAACUGGGAAUGUCAUACCUCCUAUGUUUAUCUUUCCAUGUGUGCAUGUCCGAGAUCACAUGCUGAAUAUGGCACCACAUGGAUCUGUAGCAGCUGCAAAUAAAUCUGGUUGGAUAACAGAACAGAUCUUCCCAAAGUUUCUGUUACAUCUUGUGAAAAACACACGAUGCACAAAAGAAAAACCAGUUCUCGUACUUAUGGAUAACCAUGAAACUCACAUCAGUCUUGAAGCUAUUGAUUUUGCUAAAGGGAAUGGCAUAAUUUUGCUAACCAUCCCACCUCACACAUCCCACAAAUUACAGCCGUUAGACAAGACAAUCUAUGGGCCCUUCAAGAAAGCAUAUUCUCUAUCCAUGGAUGCAUGGAUGCGCUCACAUCCAGGGAGAACAGUCUCCAUUCAUGAAAUACCUCACUUGUGA